AAAACUUGAGAUGGCCGACAGAGAAAGAACUCUUUCCCGGAAGAGACAACGACUUCCUCCUCUACUUGAAGAAAGCGAAAGUGUCACUGCAACGAGAAUGGCGACUGUUGGUGAUGAUUCCGAGGAUGUGGUCACGGAGGCACAAUCAAAAACUCAAUCGGUGAAGCUACAGAGUUCAGAUGUUCUUGAUUGUCCCAUUUGUUUCGAGCCACUCAAGAAACCAAUCUAUCAGUGUACAAAUGGGCAUUUAAGUUGUUCGUCCUGCUGCAAGAAAAUGAACAAUAGAUGCUCGUUCUGUAGAUCGCCUAUCGGGGAUAUACGAUGCAGAGCCAUGGAGAAGGUUAUCGAAGCAACUAUAGUUCCAUGUCCAAAUGCGAAAUACGGGUGUAAAGAAAGCACAACGUAUGGAAAUGAAUCAUCAAGCCAUGAGAAGGUUUGUGUUUUCGCUCGAUGUUUCUGCCCCGUGCAAAACUGCAACUACGGUGGCUCUUACACUGAUCUCAAAGGCCAUGCUAAUGCUGCACAUUCUUGGAAAGAGUAUGGCCUGAUCUCGUUUGUGUUUGACCGUCCUUUAAUCUUUGGCAUGGACAUCAAUAAGAAGAAGAUGGUCGUGUUUCGGGAAGAGCAAGACGGUGAUUUGGUUGUAGUUCAGGCUUUUAAAGGAACCGAGGGCGUGUCCGUAACUGUGAGUUGUAUCGCACCUCUGGCUCCCGGAAUACGCAAGCUCUCUUGCAGUCUAGCAAAACUCAACCAGUACACCACACUAAGGCUUGGACUGAGGGUGAAGAAUAUUCAGAAAGUGAGUGAGCAAAUGCAGUUUGAAGAUGGUUUCAUGUUCAUUCCGUCUUAUAUGUUGAGUGGUGAUCACAUGAAGAUGCAGAUUUGCAUCGGCAGUGAUGAGUAUAAAUAUAUUCACAUCUGAACAAAAGAUGUGAAGAGCCCUUUAAUCUUUUUUGGUAAGUUAGGUUUGUUUGGCUCAUAAAAUCCUAACUUAUGGUUUUCUUUUAGCUGUUUCGUUUUGAUGAAUCACAUUGAGAUCUAUUUUGUUCAUAGUAAAGAUCUUGAUGCUGGUAUGUGUGUUCUCUUGAAUAUCUGAUUAUGUAAAAAAUCUGUAUACGCUUUGCAUCCGUCAAAUUGUAUGUUUUGGCGUAUUUUGUUGUAGUAUUCAAACUCUAGAAUGAUCAAACUAAUUGCGUUUGGUGUGCCAGAUAAGGUGCAGCAAGCUAUAUGUUUUUUUAGCCUGAUGAGUGGGCUUUUUGUUGUUUGGUCAGUUUCAUUGUAAUUGUGAUUGUGAUUGUGAUA